AUUUACUAAAUUUGCGUACGGAGGCCCAAUCCAAACUUAAUAAACUUUUUAAACUUAUCUCUCCCCGUCCACAAACCCUAAUCAUCAAUCUUUGUUCGCCCCUUCUUCUCCCAUUCCUCCCUCCCACCACAAUGACUGAACUUCUACAGCGUGCCGCGGAAGACCUGAUCGAUGUAAGGCAGAGGAUUUCCACCGACGUGAACUCGCUUUCUGCUUACAUUACUAGCAUGAAUCUGGAAGCACGCAUCGGCGGCUCCGCAUGGAAGUUGCGCAAGUUGCAGAUGAUUAUCCGUAUGCUGGCAAGGAGCAUCAAUCACGACAUACUAUACUUCGAAGGCCUCAAAAGGCAGAUCUGUAAAGGGUUACUCAUCUGCGCCGACUACGCGAGGACAAGGAUUGAAGCGAUGCCCGAUGAUCUGGAGGUAGACCUGCCGAUGGCCUCAUCCCAACUCCGUCUCGAGACCGAUGACCGGCUUCCCGUGUUGACCGACCAUGUGAGAAGAGGGAUUGAAGAGAUGCUGAAGCUGGAGGCAGAGGCAGAGGACCGGCUUGUCAAUGACAUGGCCUCUGCGAUCUCCCACUUCAAGAACAUGGACAGUAUACUGAUCUACAUCGAGGAAUAUGCUACAGCAGGGGAGACCAGCUCACUGAAAGGCUCGGAGGAGUCAUACAAAGAGGAACUGGUUGCCUUCGAAGCCAUCAAGUUCAGGAUCGUCCAAACAAUGCUUAACAUCAGCGAUGCCUUGAUCAAAGAUAUCGAGCCCCAGCGGAAGCAUGUGGAGCGGGCGCAGGGGAUGCUCGACUUGCCUUCCAAAGAGAUCCCUCAUAACCUUCCCCCGAAUGGUUACGCUGAGCUCUUCUGAUCAGCACACUGUUUGAUCUAAUGAUUAUAUCUAAGUACUACUUAGAUACUUCCCAAGAACAUGUGAUGUUAUGUUGGUCAUCAGGAUCUCUUUGAAAGGCAAGUCAUCAGUGACAUUGUGAUGUGACGAAUGAAAAUUGUUUAGAACUUCAAUUUUCAUCUAAUCUCGACAAAAUGGGACGGAAAAAUAUCAUGUUUAUACCUUCAUUUAUUUCUUUAAAUCUCAACAAAUUUAAAUUAUUAAGGAUAUUGAUUAUACAAUAGAAACCAAACAAAAUAUUAAACAUGAAAAACAGCUGAUUCUCAUCUCUUCAUGACGGCAGUGCUUUUCUGCUCAAUCGGUGUUUGGUUAGCCUUUAUCAUGUUAGAGUGUGCAAUUUUUUUAAAUUAAUUUGGGUGCCUUGGUAAGUUGAUGUGGCUAAUCGAAUGGAAAACUUGAACAACUUGAAUAAUCUAAGAUUAUGCAC